ACAGGUUCAUCACCCCCAGGGACCUGGUGCCUCUCUUCCCUGAAGCAGGUGAGGUGCCCCCCACAUCCCUGACAUGGAGCCAUGGUGCAGGAGCUGUGGCUCCUCACUCAGGCUCCAGCUCUUUCUUAAUGGGACCUGCCAAAACUGUUGUUCAGAUAAAUAUUUGUUUGUGAGAGAAUCCCUCAGGGAAUGAGGGAAAGCAUUAUCAACAAAAGAGAAUACUUAAUAUUUCUUAAAUGAUUUUAAGACUUAAUAUCUAUAAUGGAAUCCUAAAGCUUUCUUGUCCAGUAUUGAUUUAAUUUUUUAUGGUUUAAAUAAUAUUAAAUACUUGCUAGCUAGACUGCUGUUUCAGCCCUACCAUAUUAGAGCAGGUUGCUAAUGUGUGGUAAAAAACAAUUUUUAUCUCCACCAUCUGGUGUUCUCUUUUUUUUUUCCUCUUAAAAAAAAGAUAAGAGACACUUGCUGGAGGCAAUUACUGCCUCUAUUCCACAGAGGUGAAACUUAACAGGAAAUCUGGCAUAUGUUGACUCUGAACUCUGCACAUUAAUAUAGAUUUGAACAGUUGCUGGCUGAUAGGUGGUCCCACUCCAGCUGCUAAGGAGGUGAUGCACAGUAAUGGAAGCAGAACUGGAACAUAAACUUUUUCAAAGUGCUCUGAUAAAGGGCUCUUGCCUUUCAUACUCUUGUUCUCUGGGAAUAAGAAGCUUUUGCUAAUUGCUUAUAGGACUUAACAAAAGGAGCAUAGAAAUGGAUGAGACAGUGAGAAGCUUGUAUCAGAAAGACAUGGACAGUAAUGAAGAGAAGAAAAUUUCCUGAGCCAUCUUCAAGGGUUUCUGAGAAGUGGGGCAGAGAUCUUCUCCUGAGAUUUUCUUUUGUCAGUUCUCCAGCUCCGAGCAGACCUGUGCCUAGGUCUGCACUAUGUGGACAUAUGCCCGGCCUCAGUAAGUGAUUCAGGUUUAAGCCUGCCCUGAUUAAGAUAAGCAUCUCUGACUUGGCUGCAGAAAAGAAGACCUGGAGAAGAAAGUUCUGCCAGGAUAUGUGACAUGCCAGGAGCUAUGGGAUAUCCUAUCCCACUUUUGGUGACUGGAGCAGGACCACUGAGGAUUCAGCUGCAGAGCUCUGUCACAGCUGUACAGCUCUCCUGAGACCAGGCUAAUUCUGCUGGGAGGACUUCAGACAAAGGUGUGAAGAAAACCACUGUCUGCAAGGCCCCUGGUGUUGUGGGUGCUUUUUGCACACAGGCUGGUGCAUCUCCACUGGAAGGACUGGGAUGUAAACGAGUUCCAGUUCAGCUUCUGCUUUGGUGCAGCUUCCAUUUGGAACUGCCCAGAGUCUGCCCUGUGACCCUGAGACCUCAGCUGGAUGCUUUUCUACUCCUUCUCACCUUACCUCAACACUUCAAGACAUCUCUUACAAAAUCAUUUGUCAUUUGAGCUGUGCUGUGUGACAGAUGCAGGGGCUUUAAUCAGGAUGAACGAAUGCUACUACGACAAGCGCAUGGACUUUUUCUACAACAGGACCAAGGCGGACACCGCGGAUGAGUGGACAGGCCCUCAGCUCAUCGGUGUUCUCUGCUUUGGCACGUUUUUCUGCCUCUUCAUUUUCAUUUCCAAUUCACUGGUCAUAGCAGCUGUGGUGAAGAACAGGAGGUUUCACUUCCCCUUUUACUAUCUUCUGGCCAACCUGGCAGCUGCAGACUUUUUUGCUGGCAUCGCCUACGUGUUCCUGAUGUUCAACACGGGCCCGGUGUCCAAGACGCUGACGGUGAACCGCUGGUUCCUGCGGCAGGGCCUGCUGGACACCAGCCUGACGGCGUCCCUGGUCAACCUGCUGGUCAUCGCCGUGGAGCGCCACAUGUCCAUCAUGCGCAUGAAGAUCCACAGCAACCUCACCAGGAGGAGGGUCACCUUCCUCAUCAUAUCCAUCUGGGCCAUCGCGAUUUUCAUGGGCGCCGUUCCCACCCUGGGCUGGAACUGCCUCUGCGACAUUGCUGUCUGCUCGUCCCUGGCACCCAUUUACAGCAGAAGUUACCUGGUGUUCUGGAGUGUCUUAAACCUGGUUGUGUUCUUCAUUAUGGUGGUGGUUUACAUCAGGAUCUACAUGUAUGUCCAGAGGAAAACCAACGUCUUGUCGUCACACACCAGCGGCUCCAUCAGCCGGAGGAGAACCCCUGUGAAGCUCAUGAAGACUGUCAUGACUGUCUUGGGUGCCUUUGUUGUCUGCUGGACCCCUGGCCUGGUCGUCUUGUUGCUUGAUGGCCUGAACUGUACUGACUGUGGGAUUCAGAAUGUCAAAAGGUGGUUCCUUCUCCUGGCCCUGUUGAACUCUGUCAUGAAUCCAAUUAUUUAUUCAUACAAAGAUGAUGAGAUGUGGGCUACCAUGAAAAGGAUGAUUUGCUGCUCCUCUGAGGAUAAGAGCCAGGAGAGGCGCUCCUCGCGGAUCCCCUCGACAGUUCUCUGCAGGAGCACGGACAUCUCGGGCCACUACAUUGAAGAUGGCAUUAUUCAAGGGACAAUUUGUGGAAAAGGAGAACUUGGUGACAAAGGAAACUCCUGAACUGUGCAAGGGACUGACUUGGCUGGAAAAGGAGAGGGGGAAGGGAGAGGUUUUGUAAGAGGAGAUUGACUGGCAAAGCUAGUAAACAAUAUAUCCACUUUGUUCCAGAGCCUCAACUCCAGUGUUAACAAAAGUUCUUAUAAAUAAUUGCCUGAUGGAAAAACACUUUGUAAUGAAGAAAACCUUCUGUGCUGCCAUCCUUUUUGUCUUUCAAGUACAUGAAAUUGUUUUUCAUGUGAAUGGAAUAAAUACCUCUCAGAGACUUCUUGUGCAUGGAAACAAAUUGUAAGCAAUGUGGAGAGACCCUCCUUAAGCUCCUACAGAGAGAAGAAGCCUGCCUGACUGUGCAGGCUUGGAAAUCAUUGACUAUUUAUGCUUUGAAUAGUUUCUGUGCAUUUUGAGGAGGAUUGUAGGCUUGGAUGGACAGAAUUGUGACCUCUUUUCUUGGUUUGUGAAGUUCAUGAAAUAGUUCAUGCUUACCUCUUCUCUUCCUCCUCCUUAUCUUGCUUUCAAAAUAGGUAGUUUGAUAGUUUAUUAAAGCUAUGCCAGUAGCCUGGCAUGGGAGACCCAGACCAGGUGUCAGUGUGUGUAAGUGUGUCUGACUGUGGACAUUUCUGAAAGCACAGAAAGCACAAAAGCCAUCAUUUCUUCUAUAGUGGGGUGAGUGCUGCAGGCUAAGACAGUGCACUCCUUGCUGCUGUUGUGUAGGCAGGUGUUGAGGGUGGAUUAACAGAAAAGCAGUGAGGCUGUGUUCAUUAUGCUCAUUUUUUGCUUCCCUAGAUAAUAUCAAAUGGGUGUGCUCACUCCUCUUUACCUGCCAUGCCACUGACAGAAAUGAGAUCCAAAACCCUGGUUUACAAGGGAACUUUUAAGGGAAGUUUAAAUACCCAUAUGUCCAGGUUCAAUGAAGCUAUUUAAAAUAUAAAUUAAUUUACAGGCAAAAAAAGCCUGAAAUCAAUUUAAGCCCCUACCAUAGUACAGUCUGCAUUGAUUGUUGGACCUUGUCUGGACCACAAAGAACCUCUGAUUUGUGAGCAGAUCUUACUGGAACAGGUACUUGAGCAAGAGACCAUGAGGCAGUGAGCCAUGGAGGGCUUUCAGCAUUGUGGCUGAUCAAAUCUAGUGCUGAUGCAACCACAACCCAAACAGCUGGAGUUCUGACCUAUGGACUGUGCUCUAACAGAGCAUCCAGCAUCACAAAGCUCCAGGGUAAACUUCUUAUAUUUAAACUUACAAAUUAAAAACUGGAUUGUGGAUUUCUCAGUACUCUAAAAAGCUGGUUCAUGCUGUCUGGUUUCAACAGCAGUGAACUCCCAGCUGCCAUUUUAACUUCAAGAGGAGUUUCCUGUGCUGUCUCUUAGCAAAAAUCUGAUCCCUGGUGUUAAGGCAGGUGACCACAACCACAGGUCACUUUGAAAAGUUUUGGAAAUUUUGGCUGCCAAGAGCUAACACCAAGGACAUAUUUUAUGAAGCUGGAAGAUAAAGUUCAGCUGCGAUUUGGACAAAUUCUUCCUUCGGUUCCACUUGCAUAUGGAUAUCUGGACUGUGUUGGUCAAACAGAACCAGCCCUUGGCUCAAAUGCUGAGCAGGGGAGUUGCAGAAUGCACUGGGGGACUUCACAGCAGCCCUUAGCAUAUCUUAUAAACCCAGCAAGGCUCUGUCCAGAGACCUGUCCCAUAACAUGCAUCAUCUUGUAGGGAUGUGGCCCAGUAUUCAAGGUAGAUACUGUAUUUGAAUAAUGCUAAAAAUGUUUACACAUUUUUUGCUAUUAUAAUGCAAUUUUUUUGGUGCAAAUACUACUUCACUGCUUUGGUGUUCUGAAAAGUGUGUAAAGUGGUGCUUUGUAGAGGUGGUGGUGUGGUGGGUUGAGCCUGGCCAGAGACCAGGUGUCCACCAAAGCUGCUCCACCACUCCUCUCCUCAGCUGGACAGGGGAGAGAAAAUAAAACAAAAGGCUCAUGGGUCAAGAUAAGGACAGGGAGAGAUUGAUCACUGAUUAUAGACUUGACUUGGAGAAAAAUUAAGUUAUUACCAAUCACAUCAGGGUAGGAUAAUGGGAAAUAAACCCAGAUCUCAAUACUUUCCUCCCAUCCUCUGUUUUUCCUGGGCUUAGCUUUACUCCUGGUUUUCUCUAUCUCCAUUCCACAAUGGUGCAGGAGAACAGGGAAUGUGGUCAGUUCAUCAGUCAUUGCCACUCCUUCCUUCUCAUGGUGAGGUUUCCUCACACUCUUCCCCUCUCCUUUGUGGGGUCUCUCCCACACAAGACAGUUCUCCUCAAAUUUCUCCAGCAGCAUGGGUCCUCCAUGGGGUCACUAGCCAGCAAGCCUGCUCCAGCAUGGGCUUUCCAUGUGCUCACAGCCUCCUUUGGGCAUUCCCCUUCUCCAGCCUGGGAUCCUGCACAGGCUGCAGGGAGACCUUUGCUCCACCAUGGGCCUCCAUGGGCUGCAGGGGAAGCUCAGCUCUGGCACCUGGAGCACCUCCUGCCCACCCUGGUGUUGGCACAGCUGUUUCUCUCACACAUUCUCACUCUCCUCUGCAGCUGCAGUUGCACAGGAUUUUUUCCAUCCAAUUAAAUACAUUAUCCCAGAUCCUCUGCAUGGACUCAGCUUUGGACAGGGGUGGGUCUGUCUUGGAGCCAGCUGGCAUUGGCUCUGUCAGACAUUGGGAAGUUUCUGGUGUCUUCUCCCAAAAGCCACCCCUGUACCCCCCUACAGCUACUGCAGUGCACAGUUUGUCUGAACUAGGCUGAAGCUCUGUAUACAAAUCUAAUAGAAAAUAAAAUGGCACUUCAAAAUGAAA